AUGGACUUCACACAAGAAUAUCGUAUCCGCAGCUCCUGGCAGGUCCGCUGCGCGGCGGGGGACCCAUUCGCCGUCGUCCGCGUCCGGAAUCUACAAGCCGUAGUGAAGGGCCCCCACGAUGCCUGGGGCCGAGACGGCAAGCCGCAGCCAUUUCUGGUCUCUGCCGAGCUGAGCUUCACCAGCCCAUUUGACGCAUCGGUCGCCGGAGACAAUGUCACCAGUGGCGACACCGUCCACUACGGCAGCCUGAGCAAGACCAUCCUCGCCAGCCUGGAGAGCUACAGCCCUCAGCGAGCGGCACCGGCAGACAACCAGGCGGCCCUGGGCUCGACCAGCAGCACGCUGAGAGGUGUUCUGGAGAGGAUAUGGUCGACUCUGACCGGCUUGAAAGUUGACGGCAUCCGUAGCAAGGAUGUAGAGCAGGCGUUCCUUGAUCUGUCGAAGCUCCGGUUCAUGUCUAUCACUGUCAUCCUGCCUAAAGCCUCACUUCUGGGCGAAGGAGUCAGCUUGACAGCAUCGUCUGUUUUUGAUACCAAGGAGGUCUCUUCAGCAGUGGAGAUGUUUGCUAUAAGUCUUCGCCUCCAUCGGCUACGGGUACCUACUCUAAUCGGCGUCAACUCGAACGAACGCGAAGCAAAACAAUUUGUUAUAACAGACAUUGAGGUGGACAAGUUCGAUUAUGCCCCAGAUGUCUAUACCCUUCUGGAGUCUCUAGUCAUAAAGGCCAUGGAGGAAUCCUCGUUUGAGACCCUAGAAGCUUUGGGGAGUCAUCUAUCUAGCAGGAUCAUGAGAGACUUCCGUCCACUACCGGGGCAGCAGUACUCUGGCUACUUCGGCUGGCAAGUCAAAAUCAGCAUGGAGAAACCAACGGCGGUUCCCUUUGCGGAUGGUCCCGUUGUGCAGGUCCGAGCCGGCGCCGGGUUGGAGGUGCCAGAGCAUUGA